AUGUCGUUGUCAACUAUCAACGAUCGACUUGACCUCGUAGAGGAGACCAUACAAUAUCCGCAGCUCCGUCAGGACAUCAUCUUGCUCUUGGAGCAAACUUUCGACUCUUUACGAUUGGUGACGAAGUUCACGUAUGGCCGUGGCGACGCGGAUGACCUCAUGGAGCUGUCGAAGACCAUCCUUGUCACCUCCAGCAUAGUGGACGUCCUUCACGAGCACGCAACUUCGAGGAACUCUGUUCCAGUCGACACAGCUCCAGCCACAUCGGAUACCCGAAGACGACAGUGCAUUUCGAUGUUAGAGCGUCGAUUUGAUCUAGCGCAACCGCUUGAACUCGCAAAGCGCAUACAGCAUGCGAUCGACGAAGACGGUCUCUCCGAGUACCACCGCAUGGAGAACGAAGAGGCGGAAGAGAUGUCCGAUUUGGCCCAGGAUGUGAUCGGUCGCGAGGCUGGAGAAGAAGAUCUGAAGAGCUUACCGAAGCGCGUUCAGCCGAAACUUACCAUGAUCACUGGGAGCUUCAAGAGUGCGACCGAUGGACGGGAAGAUGUUCAUAUCAUGAAGCGCAAUGCCAGUACGACACUUGAACGCCUUCACAAGAGCUUGGACAAGAUGACAGAAGCAAAGGCAAGCCUGGAACAAGAGAUGCGUCAAAAGAUGGGUACAGAAAGCUUGGUGUUGAAGUGGACUCCGAACCUCGCGCACAUUGCUCACGUGAAGGGCAAGGACGCAGCUCGCGCUACUACCUUUUAUCCAAGAAGCUUGAGUAGCAGCAAGUCUACCCGCUCGUUUCAGAUCCCGGAGUGGACUUCACUGGGCGCGCAAAUGGACGAGACACGAUUCCGGAUCCGAACAGAAGAACAACGUGUUCUCGGUGAGCUGCGCGAAGGUGUCGUCCAGAACCUUGUGAAACUUAGACGUAACGCCGCUGUGCUCGAUGAGCUUGAUGUCGCAUGCGCCUUUGCUACACUCGCGAUGAGGAAAGAUCUCAUCAGACCCAUACUGAGUGCAGAGCCAUCGCAUAACAUCGUCGGUGGUCGGCAUCCUGUCGUCGAAGCCGGCCUCAGCGAACAAGGCCGCAGGUUCGCCCCCAACGACUGCCAACUCGGUGACAAUGAGCGCAUUUGGCUCAUCACCGGUCCAAACAUGGCUGGCAAAAGUACAUACCUCCGCCAGAAUGCGCUCAUCUCCAUCCUAGCGCAGACUGGAUCUUUCGUUCCAGCGGAGUACGCGGAGAUCGGGCUAGUCGACAAGAUCUUUAGUCGCGUCGGCUCAGCAGACAACUUGUACCAAGAUCAAUCCACCUUUAUGGUUGAGAUGUUGGAGACGGCUCAAAUACUCAAAGAGGCUACACCGCGCUCUUUCGUCAUUAUGGAUGAAGUUGGGCGUGGGACGACACCCGAGGAUGGUAUCGCGGUAGGAUACGCCUGCCUCCACCACCUCUACCACGUCAAUCAAUGUCGAACGCUUUUCGCAACCCACUUCCACGCGCUCACGGACAUGACAAAGGACUUUGCGAAGUUGGGCUGCUACUGCAACGAUGUCCUUGAAGAGCCAGACGGCAAGUUCUCAUACGUGCAUCGGCUGAGGAAGGGUGUCAAUCGCGAGAGCCAUGCGUUGAAGGUCGCGAGAGUUGCUGGUCUUCCUGAAGAUGCCGUCGCGAUUGCAGCGAAGGUACUAAAAGAACUCAAGGGACUGACGAGCGAUGCUGGGGUAGCUUCCACAGCAGCCUAG